AAAAAUCUCUGUCAAAGCUGCCCAUCAGGCCCAAGUAUCUAUCCAGCGGCAUUUAUCUCCCCAGAGACUUUCGUCGCCACGCACGCACCAUUAUCUUCUUGAUGAUUGCGCCUUUCUGUUCCUCAUUCCUCCAGUCGUGUGUACCCUCUCUCUCUCUCUCCCCGGAAACCCAACUGAAAUCCUGUGCAGCCAAAGAAACCCAAAUCAUGCUCCAGCUCCACUAGUGGUUUCAGGAUUCGUGCCUGCGAAUCACUUUCCUCUGAGUACUUGGUUCUGCAACCCAUCGCCGAUCGCCAUGUCAGGGCAGAGCUCGAGCCCCUAUGGCGAGACGGACACUGGCGCGGACGCGGCGCCCGCCAGCAGCAGCAGCAGCAUCCGUUGGGCGCCGCACGGGCGCGCCAUGACGGCCUGCCUCGUCGCCGUCAACGUCGCGCUCGUCGCCCUCGUCUACCUCUACUUCUGGCGGGUGUUCUCCCGCAAGCGCGCCUCGUCGUCGUCCUCCGGCGGCGGCGACGAGGAGGACGAGGAGGACCGCGCGUCGUCCUCCGCCUCGGCGCCGCCCUCGCCCGGGAGGGCCCAGGACGACGAGCAGCGGCGCCGGCUCGACCGCCUCGUGGCGUCGCUGCCGGCGUUCGUCGCGCGCCCCGGCGCCGGCGCCGGCGCCGGCGCCGGCGCCGAGUGCGCGGUGUGCCUCGCGGAGCUGCGCGACGGCGACGCGGCGCGCGCGCUGCCGCGGUGCGGGCACCGGUUCCACGCGGCGUGCGUCGACGCCUGGCUGCGGCGCCGGCACACCACCUGCCCGCUCUGCCGGGCCAGCGUCGUUGUCGCCGCCGGCGCCGCCGCGGAGGGGUCGGGGCCCAAGGGCGGUGGUGGUGGCGUGACGGGCACGGCGGCGGCGGCGGCUGUGGUGGAUACGGACGCGCCGGUCUAGUCAGCCGAUCACCACCGACCGUUUAGUGUGUGAGUGAAGCGAAGAAAUCGGGACGUCAUCGUAGCGGUCUUCCCGUCAACGAAGAGGUCGUUGUCGCAGCAUUAAUUUGGAUGAUUCCGAGCAAGGAAGGAAGCUGGUCAGGCAAGAUUGAUUUGUAAAUUCCUAGUGGGUAUUUCAUCAUCAGUAGUGUCCCAAGUUUCUUGCGUGUUGUUUUGUACUCUCUGUAAAUUUGGCACGGUUCUGCAACACAUUUAGGCACCUUUCUCCCAUGAAACGGCGAGUUUUGCUGAUAGUGACGAAUUGCCACAAGCUGAAGGGUGUGACACGGGCACCGGCCGGCCGGAUUGCAACUUGCGUUUUCUGCACUUUAUUAUCUUUGGGACAAAAUUGUUUGGCACUGCAAUUAUUUGAGAUCAUUGUCAGUUCCGUAGGUCUUCAUGUGUGUCUGUAUGUGUCCUGUAAUUGGAAUUUUUCUGUGUCAGUGUCACCCUUGUCAGUUCCUGAUGUUUUUUUCAUCGCAAGAUAUUCAAAAUACCUGUGCUCAGCAA